AUGACAAUAACGCAGAACCCGAAGGUCAAGUCUUUUGAGACACGGCUGUUCAUCAAUGGAAAGUUCGUCGACGCGUCUGAUGGCGGCAAGUUUGAUCUGAUCUCCCCCACCACAAAUGAAAAGUUCGCAGAGGUCUCUGAAGCGACCGAAGAAGAUGCGAACGCGGCUGUUGCCGCAGCAAAAGCUGCAUUUCCUGCCUGGUCCGCUCUGUCGCCCUCGGAAAGGGGCGUCUACUUCAAAAAGCUGGCUGCUUUGAUCAUCGAGUCUCACGAUGAGCUGGCUGAGAUUGAAGCUCUGUCCAUGGGCCGCCCAGUCUCGGGUUAUUUCGAGUCCUACAUGGCUGCGAACUCACUAAACCAUUACGCCGAGUCGGGCCAUCAAGCUCUCGGAACCUCGAGCUUGAAUACGCCUGGCUUUCUGAACAUGACCCUGCGUCAACCAUAUGGUGUCGUGGGUGCGAUUAUUCCGUGGAACGUACCGGUCCUUUUCUUGAUUAACAAGAGUGCCCCUGCAUUGAUGGCAGGAAACACGGUCGUCGUGAAGAGCAGCGAGAAAGCCCCGCUCACAUCUGCCAAAGUCGCGACUCUGGUCGAGAAGGCCGGCUUCCCUCCUGGUGUUUUCAAUAUCAUCUCAGGCCAUGGCCAUAUUUCAGGCAAUGUCUUAUCGCACCAUAUGGAUAUCCGUGUGAUCAGCUUCACCGGAUCGGGUAGAACUGGCCGCCUCAUUCAACAAGCCUCCGCCAAGUCUAACUUGAAGAAUGUCAUUCUGGAAUUGGGAGGGAAGUCUCCUGCGAUCAUCUUCCCCGACGCAAAUCUCGAACGAGCCGUGAAAGAGACCGCGUACAGCAUUCAGUGGAAUAGUGGCCAGGUUUGCAUGGCAAACUCUCGCAUUUAUGUCCACGAAUCUAUCGCUCCGCGAUUCAUUGAAUUGUUCCAGAAAGGCUUUGCCAACAUCAGAAGCGGCGACCCACUGCUACCUAGCACGAAUCACGGCCCGCAGGCGGAUGGAAUCCAAUACAAACAGGUCCAAGCUUACAUUGAAGAAGGAAAGAAGACUGGCAAGAUGGUACUGGGAUCAGAGCCGUCAGAACAUGAAAGUGGAUUCUUUGUUCAGCCCACCAUCUUCCUUGAAACCCCGGAAGAUUCCAAGAUCAUGAAGGAAGAGAUUUUUGGACCAGUCGUGAACAUCAAUACUUUUAAAGACGAGGAUGAAGUCGUGGCCAAGGCAAAUGACACAGAAUACGGUCUCUAUGCUGCAGUGUACACGAAGGAUGUCAGCCGCGCUCUCCGCAUGGCAAAAAAGUUGGACUCUGGCAGUGUUGGCGUAAAUUGUACGAGCCCCGCUGGCGCUUCCGAUAUGCCUUUCGGUGGCUACAAAGCGAGUGGUGUUGGCCGCGAGGGCUGGACUGUUAGCAUGGAUAACUAUCUGGAGGUGAAGACAGUACUUAUCAGAGUUGACGAGGAGUGA